UCUUGGUAAAAUAAUAAAAGUAAGCAAUGUGGUUGACCCUUCUAUACUAGGUGGCUUCGUAGUUAGGUAUGGUUUUAAUUUGAUCGAUGCUUCGCUAAAAAGUUACUUGGAUAGGUUAGUUGACUUAAGUAAAAUGGAAAUAUUAAAAGUAAGGAAUUUUGUAUGAAGAACAGUAUGAAUGUUUCUGAGAUAGCAAGUAUAAUAAGAGAAAAGGUUGAGACGUUUGAUAAUCCUAUAAAGCGGGAAAAUAUAGGUGAAGUAAUUUCAGUAACAGAUGGUAUCGCAUUGGUUUAUGGGCUGGAAAAAGCAAAAUUCGGUGAAAAGGUAUUUUUUGCAAGUGGUGUAGAAGGAAUAGUUCUCGAUUUAGAUCAUGAUACGGCUGGAAUAGUUGUGCUUGGUAAUGACCGUGAUGUGAAAGAAGGGGACGUUGUAAAAUGUAGUGGUGAUGUUGUGCAGGUGCCUGUAGGACAUGAAUUGUUAGGGAGAGUUGUAAAUGCGUUGGGCCAUCCUAUGGACGACGGUGGGGAAAUUAGAGCCAAAAACAGAAUGGAUAUAGAAUCUAAAGCGCCAGGCAUUAUUGAUCGUAAGUCUGUGCAUGAGCCACUGCAAACAGGAAUUAAAAUUAUAGAUUUGCUAAUUCCAAUAGGUAGAGGGCAGCGUGAAUUAAUUAUUGGUGAUAGACAAAUUGGUAAAACUACUAUUGCGCUUGAUACUAUUAUCAAUCAGAAGAAGAUUAACGAUGAGGUAAACGAAAAUCAAAAAGUUUACUGUGUUUAUGUUGCUAUUGGGCAAAAAAUUUCAACAGUAGCAAAAGUGGUAAAUAAGCUGAAAGAAAGUGGAGCAUUAGAGUAUACAACUGUAGUUGUGGCUAGUGCAUCUGACUGCGCGCCUAUGCAAUUUUUAGCACCUUAUGCUGGUUGUACUAUUGGGGAAUUUUUCCGUGACAAUGGAAUGCAUUGUUUGAUUAUAUAUGAUGAUUUAUCUAAGCAUGCUGUGGCAUAUAGGCAGAUGUCUUUAUUGCUCAGACGUCCUCCUGGUCGUGAAGCUUACCCUGGAGAUAUAUUCUAUGUACAUUCUCGCUUGCUUGAAAGAGCUGCUAAAAUGUCUGAUAAAAAAGGGCAGGGUUCUUUAACUGCUUUGCCAAUUGUCGAAACUCAAGCUGGUGAUGUAUCUGCAUAUGUGCCAACAAAUGUUAUUUCAAUUACCGAUGGGCAGAUCUUUCUUGAGUCUGAAUUAUUUUAUAAAGGAUUUCGACCUGCAGUAAAUAUAGGUUUGUCAGUUUCACGGGUUGGUUCUGCUGCACAACUAAAGUCUGUGAAGAAAGUUGCUGGUUCUAUAAAGCUAAGCUUAGCUCAGUAUAGAGAAUUAGAAGAUUUUGCAAAAUUUGGUUCUGAUCUUGAUGCUAGUGUUCAAUUAUCCUUGAAUAAGGGUAAAUAUCUUGUCGAGUUAUUAAAGCAGAAACAACAUUUACCUAUGUCAAUAGAAGAGCAAGUAGUGCUGAUGUAUAUUUUUUCUAACCUAUAUAAUCAGUUAAGUAAAAUACAAAUAAGUUACAUUAAUAAAUUUGAACAUGAUCUUAUUAAUUAUUUUCAUACUGUACACCCUGGGGUUUUAAAAAAGUUGUCAAAUGACAUGAGUGAUGAUAUAAAAGGUGAUAUUUUUAACAUUGUGAGUAAUUUCGUUACUCAAUUUAAUUGCGUUUAGGUGGUGAUUAUGGCUUCAUCCAUUAUUAAUAAAUUUCCUAUGACGAGGGAAGGUUUUGAGAAUAUGCAAGCCGAACUUGAAAAAUUAAAGGAAGAAAAACCUUCUGUGAUACAGGCUAUUUCUGAUGCUCGUGAUCAAGGUGAUUUGUCUGAAAACGCAGAGUAUCAUGCAGCACGGGAAAGGUUAGGUUUUAUUGAAGGCCGUAUAAUGGAGAUAGAAAGUAAGCUCUCACAUGCGGAAGUAAUAGAAGUAAAAAAUUUGUCUGGUGAUUCAGUAAUGUUUGGUGCAACUGUGACAUUAAGCAUGUUAAGUGAUAAUAACGGUGAAGUGGAAUAUGUUUAUAAGGUUGUAGGCGAAUAUGAAGCUGAUGUUUCAAAGCAGUUAAUAUCUACUAGUUCACCACUUGGGAGUGCCUUAAUCGGCAAAAAAGUCGGUGAAUAUGUGGAAGUGACAGUGCCAAAUGGAGAGAAAUUGUAUAAAAUAGUUAAGAUUGAAUUUAAGUAAAUUAUUAUGGUACAGGCCACUUAUGCUUCAAUGAGUCUACCAGGUAUUUCUUCUGUGGAAGAUGUAUUAGAGGAUGCUCGUUCCGGUAAAUUAUUCAUUUUAGUUGAUGAUGAAAAUAGAGAAAAUGAAGGCGAUUUGAUUGUCUUAGCUGAGAAAAUAAAGCCGGAACAUAUGGCUUUUAUGGUUAGGUACGGUACAGGGGUUGUUUGCUUAGCAAUGACUAAAUUUCACAUGAAAAGGUUGGGCCUUAAUUUCAUGGAAAAGAAAAAUAUUGGUGAAAAUCAUACCGCAUUUACUACAUCAAUUGAUGCACGUUAUGGCAUUACAACCGGUGUUUCAGCAGAGGAUAGAACGAAAACUAUACAUGCUGCUAUCAACAAGGAUGGUACUCAGGAUGACAUCAUAACUCCAGGUCAUGUUUUUCCUGUAAUUGCACAUAAAGGUGGGGUGGCACAACGUGCUGGUCAUACUGAAGCGAGUGUUGAAAUGGCGAAGUUAGUAGGGUUUGAUCAUUCAGCAGUUAUUUGUGAAUUAGUGAAUGAUGAUGGCUCUAUGAUGCGCUUACCUCAGUUACUUAAAUUUGCUGAACAACAUAAAAUUAAGUUAACUACCAUCGACAAACUUAUCAGUUACGUUAAAAAUUUAAACUAGCGUUUAUAAAUUUGUAUAAUUUAAGUGUUAAAAUAUAGAAUUUCUAUAAAUUAU